CCAAACAUCAAUACCAAGAAUAUGAAACUAAACCUCUAAAGCUUCCUGGUUGUGAAGCAAAAGAAGGAGCGUGUGUUUCAGCCACACUGCCGGCAGGUGGACUCUGAAAGAUCUUAUAGACCUCGCACUUCCUGUGGAGGCAGCCAGAAGAACAAAGCCAGUGGAGGUGCCUUUUCUCCUCAACAUCCUACUAUCUGUUAACUCGCGGCCUCCAGCCCCCCAGUGCAAUCCGGGGGGGAGGGGGCAAGAUGAAGUGGAAGGGGAUUGUUAUCUCUGCUGUCCUGCAGGCACAGCUCCCAAUUACAGAUGCCUCACCAGUUCCAGGACUGACAGACCCAAGACUCUGUUACAUACUAGAUGGGAUCCUCUUCAUCUAUGCAGUCAUCAUUACCGCCCUCUUUUUGAAAGCUAAGUUGAGCAGAGCCCCUGAGCCCCAAGCUCUGCAAGGCCAGGAUGACGUCUAUAAUAAAUUGUCUCGCACAGCCAGAGAUGAAUAUGAUGUUCUGGGAAAUAAAAAGAGAGGCUCUGAUGUUGAAAAGGGAGGGAGAAAUCAGCAGAGAAGAAAGAAGUCUCAGGACACUCUUUACACCUCUUUGCAGAAGGACAAGAUGGGUGAAGCGUACAGUGAAAUUGGGAAGAAGGGAGAGCACCAGAGACGGCGAGGCAAAGGGAACGAUGGUGUCUACCAGGGUCUCAGCUCUGCAACCAAGGACACAUAUGAUGCCCUCCAGAUGCAGCCCUUGCCCCCUCACUAAAUGGGAUUCAUGCAGUGGAUGGGCAAAACCAAGACAAGUCCAGAUGCUUUGGGGGAGGAGAGAAGGGAAACAACCAUCAAUUCAAAAAAGACAGUCCAGUCAACACCCAUUUUCUCAGGACAGCAAAUUACUUCAGCAUGGUUCAUUGCACAAAGUAGGGACAAGUCUGGAUCUAGUUCCCCUCCUCCCAUCCCCCCAUCCAAACUAUACAAUCUCAAGCUUUUGCUUUUAAAUGUACAUAUCUGUAAAACUAUUCCUAAUGAUAGUAGCUGUUUCCUAGGCAGAGGUUUGUACCAGCAAGUGUUGUAGAUGGGGCAGGAGAUCAGGAAUCUUGGUUCUCUUCCUCCUCCUCACUGAGCCUGGCUAUUUAAUUCCCCAUCUACACCCUAUUUACCUACCUCAUAGGGUGUUGAGGUUUAAUUAUAGGCUAAAGCACUUUUAAAGUACUUGAAAGGAAGGUGCUAUAGCCACAUCCAGUAUUAUACACAGGAAGAAUAAUCUGCAUCAGCGUAACUGUGGCAGUCUAGCCCAAAUACGUUUCUGCUGUAAAUUUAGCUUUAUUUCUAAGUUGGUUUUAACUGCGGAGAGCUGUUCUGACUGUAAAUGAUGACAGGUUCCUGUAGUGAAAGACAUAUGUUAAAAGCAGGCUCUACCUUUUACAGAAUGCGGAGGAAUCACUGCUAGGCUCCAACAAGCAACCAAGAAAGUAACAUCCCAGUGUGACCAGCUCUUGCAGUGCAUGGACUGCAUCUAGGAAUGUUAAUGGAAAUAUCUGAAAGCUAGGGCUUACCAGCAAGGUUCCAUGGUGAAAACAGAAGUAGUGCAACAUAUAGGUUUUACCAGUCCUUCCAUUAUGAUUGAGACAGAGGAUUAGGCUUUUAAAGACUAACAGGUGAAGUAAUGCUGGAAAACACUGGGAAAGUUACGAUUAGUUAAGUUUCUUAAUAGACAAUCCAAACCGGACCUUUCUCUUCUCUCACUGUUGCUAAUAUUCUUAAAGGGAUGUUUUUUCCCCACUUAACAGGAACAUGUCUCAGUGCUGUCUUUUAUCAGUUGUGCUGGCCUUGUUUUAUAUGAGUAUUUUGCUAAGGAAAGUGUACACAAGUCUAAAGAAAUGUACGAAUGUUUAAAUAGCUUACAGGAUAAUUUUAAAAAUUAGCAUAGAUUCAACAUGCAGGUGAUGGUGACUCAAUUCAGAUGGUUUUUGAUGAAAUAAUAAAAUUGAU